CCUGUGUCUAUGAGUUUGCAUGUAAUAGCGGAGUAAACAAGUAGAGAAUUAUCCUGAAUGGGGCCCUGCUUAUCCCGGAGUGAGACGGCGAAUCGUCGGCGGCCGAAACCGAACCCGUUCCGUUCGACAUCGGUCGCGGGAGGAAGAAAUCCGUCGACUAGGAGGCAGGACGUCGUGUUUCAGGACCACGAGCUCGCCGCCGCUGCGGUGGCAAUCCUGUGCCAGCGGAAGUUGCAGAGCGGAGACGGCAUCGGAGAUGGCGCGACCAGCUCUGAUUGUGCUGCAUUGGCUUCCACUCUUCAGCUAUUGAGAUCGAGGACUAGGAGGAAUCAUCAGCCAUUCCUGCCGUCUCCUCGGAGUUUGAGCUCCACGGUUCGAUCCCCUGAUCUAUUGACUCCGUCUCAACAACUCAGUAGUGAGCUGGAUGUUUGUGUUGAUGGUUUGGAGGCGAGCCAUUUUGUUCUCGUUCACGGUGGUGGUUUUGGGGCUUGGUGCUGGUAUAAAACGAUUUCACUUUUGGAAGUUGCUGGAUUUAGAGUUACCGCACUAGAUUUAAGUGGGGCUGGAGUUCAUUCCUUUGACACAAAUAGUGUUACAAGUCUCUCUCAGUAUGUCAAGCCACUUACAGAUUUUCUCAAUCAACUAGCUGAUGGAGAAAAGGUGAUCUUGGUAGGGCAUGAUUCCGGUGGUGCUUGUAUAUCAUAUGCAAUGGAGCUUUUCUCUUCAAAAGUCUCCCGAGCUGUUUUCAUUGCUGCUGCUAUGUUAACCAAUGGACAGAGUAUACUUGAUAUGUUCUCCCAAAAUCAGGCAAAGGAAAAUGAUCUGAUGAUGCAAGCUCAAAGAUUCAUUUAUGGUGAUGACAAGAAUGAUAAACCCACUGCCAUUGACCUGGACAAAUCAUUCUUGAGGGACUUGUUAUUUAACCAGAGUCCUGCUAAGGAUGUUUCUUUAGCAUCAGUGUCGAUGCGGCCAAUUCCCUUCUCCCCAAUUCUGGAGAAGCUUACAUUAUCAGAUGCUAAGUAUGGCUCUAUUAGAAGAUUUUACAUUGAAACUCCAGAGGAUAAUGCUAUCCCCAUUGCUCUACAGCAGACCAUGAUUGACCAAAGCCCUCCAGAAAAAGUUUAUCAUCUUAAAGGCGCAGAUCACUCGCCAUUUUUCUCCAAGCCUCAAUCCCUUCACAAAAUAUUGGUAGAAGUCUCAAGAAUCCCUUCAAAAACAUAAUGAGAGUUCAAUGUGAGUGUUAAGGUUCUCUUAGAAGUGUUAGAACCCUAAUGAACGCCUUCAGAUUUCUGUAAUAUUGUUUUCGGUUGGAAAAGAGGAUGAAAAGAGUAUAGAGAGAAGUGAGGUGGAAAGGAAAAACACAAAUUUUGUAUACACUGGAAAUUUUGUGUAUUUUCAUUUUGAGUCUAGCCUUCACCAGAUGAAAGAAUUUGUGUGAAUUUUCAAGUCAAAUUUCAUUUUGACCAUUUUUUUCGUGAAGUAUUGUUUCAAAGUGGGGAUGGACCAGGUCCGAGCACUCUGACCCGGGACCGGUAAUGUUUGGACCGGUUCGAGACCGGUUUUACGUACCGGUACAAGCCCGGUACGUACCCGAACCAGCGUACAAACGGGACGGGCUCGGGCUUGAUUUUUUGAGAACGGAUUAGCCGAUCCUGGGCCUGGUUCCAGUCUCAAUGGAUAUAUUGUUAUUUUUUAUUUUAAUUAGAGGGUGGGUACCGACCUGGGACUAGUAUUGUUAGGGCCCGGACCGGAACCAGUACCGGACCAGUAGCAGGCUUCAAUUAUUUAGAACUGGCACCGGCCGGGCCUAGGACCGGGAUUGACCUGGAUCGGCCCGACUCCAUGCCUAUUUCAAAGUAGUCUUGAUCAAUUUGUUUUAAUUUGUAUUUCGAUUAAUAAUCUCUUACUAUUUUGAUGAAUGUGCAUUUUUCUCUUACAUAUUUACAAUUUUGAUGAAUGCGUAUUUAGGAUGAGGAAUUGAGGAUAUUUUGAUUUGGACUUAUUUCAGUCUCAGAUUAAAUUAGACCUAACUAGACCAGUUCAGGUCAAAUUAGAUUAGGAUUCGAUAGUUAUAAAAUACACAAAGAUCAGACAUUUAUCAGUAAUCAGAUCACAAAAUUUCAAUCCAAAAAACAUUUUUAUUGCUAAUUGGCAAACAUUCAAACAUGUACGUGGAAGAUCCUGCAAGUAGUACUGAGAUAUUUAUUUCGAGGACAACUUUUCAUGUCCAG